AUGAAAGGUCCCGAGGACCGGCGGGCGCAUCCAAGAAGGCAGGCGGGCGUGCGCGCCUCGGCCGGUGCGGCCACAUUAGCAUGCGAGCCGCCGCACGCGCCACCUACUUACCAUGAGCAAUGCGGAACGCGCCUGGCUCACUCAGAGAAUUUAAUUGUGUUCCAUUAUCAUAUUUAGGUUCUUUUACGGUAAGUCAAAAGUGAAAACUGAAUGGGACUCGACGUCGCUUGUCAUUCGUCAGCUGCGAUCGAUGGCGACAACUUCUUUCCGGCUUCUACUCGACGAUUAAUAAAAAUGGCGUUACUUCGGCACUGUUCAGCAAUAUUGGCACUAAGUGCAUGCGUCGCGGCGAUUCUCGGACCUGCAGGAAACUCCACGAAGACUGCGUCUCUGAAAGCGGAUUCAUACUUAGAUGCAUACUCGAAAUCAAGAAUAGAUGCUGAGAAGGCGAAACAAGGCGUGAUCAUAGUAACAGCGAAAGACGGAGAGAAGAAAAUCUCAAAUCGCGACGACAGCUACAGCUCUGGCUAUGACUACACUCCCUCGUACUCAAGCGACAGUGGCUUCAGUUCUUCUGGACCCUCGGACUUGUCCGGACCGUCCAGUAGCUACUUACCGUCAUCGAGUCACAGUUCGUCGACCGUAAAGUUUGAAUCGGAUAUAACGUACGAUGCACCACCUAAUACGUACGGUCCUCCGUCGCAAAGUUACGGGCCACCGACGCAGACUUACGGCCCUCCUGCUCAAACUUAUGGGCCUCCUGCGCAAACUUAUGGCCCACCUGCGCAAACUUAUGGCCCGCCUGCGCAUACUUACGGACCACCCGCGCAGACGUACGGGCCUCCAGUCCAUAAGCCAUUGCCUCCCAUAUACGGACCCCCUAUGAAACCUUCUUACCCAGUUCCCUACGGAGCGCCAUCUUUGGGAUUUUUCGACAAACUUGCCUUUAAACUGGACAUCCUUACCAUUGGAAAAUUGAUGUUGAAGUUCCUGAUAUUCAAGAAACUUGUGACAAUGCUCGCGGUUGUGUGCAUGUUGCUGGUGAUACCAAAACUUAUUUCCUUUAAGAAAGACGGAAAUUCUAAUAAAGACGAAGAUGAACGCAGUUUUGGCAGGAGUAACAUUGAGGAGUUGACAUCAGUGCAGCAAUUGUUAGAGCGCGCCAUAUCAGUAUACAGAAGGCAGGAGCCGAACUGCGGAGUGGCAUGUCGUGCACGAAGGGUUCUUGACGACGUUUACGAAUUUCAACCUUACAUCAGGCAAGAUGCGUUUACCUCAAAUUCGUAAAUACAACUGGUUGUUCACGAAAGAGUGAAGUUCGGUGCCAUCGGGAUUAGUCUGACAAAUUAUAGGAUUAUUUAUUUUGUUAUUUAUUUAAUUUAUAAUAGAUAGUUGUUAUUUAUGCAAUUAAAGUAUUUUUUCAAAUUUCGAGUAAUUUUGAGCUUCUCACGUAAUAUCCCCGACAUCGUUACCAGUCAUAAACAUUUUAUUCGUAUACUACUUAUAGAUGUAUGUAACUUUGUACAAAUUAUUUUAGAGACUAAUCAAAACAAAAGUAAAGUAGAUUACUUAGUAUUUUUAUUAGAUUUAGUAUAGGGACGAUUAAAUGGGCAUCUAAAUGGUAAGAUAUGAUCAACAUAUAUUAUGCCUCACUGACUGCUUUGGUGACGUCGUUGUAAUGCGUACACAGUACGAGUACGAUUGCCGCGCUGAGAUCUUGUGUUCGAAGCCAUUGGGUCGGGCCAAAAAUAAUUGUGAUUGGGAUUUUUCAUCUUAAAAAUUACUCAGUGACGGUUCGGAGUCUGGAAGUUGGCGGUAAAAUAACCCCAUUCGGAAAGUACAUAAAGCCGUUGGUCUUGCGUUUGAUCUCUCUCUCUGGUCAUGUCGGAUUACCGUCUCAUU